AUGGAUUGGGAUUCUGGUUGCUGGUGCAUCACAAUGCAGGAACUGCAAACAGUCUACGGCCUUGAUGCUGAGCUAAAAAAGCUGCAGAGCUCCGUCGCCAUGAUUCAAGCUGUACUGAAUGAUGCACAGGAGAGGCAACAGAUUAGGAACGCGGUGAACCAUUUGCUGAAUGAGCUCAGCCAGGCUGCAUAUGAUGCAAAUGAUAUCUUGGACGAGGUGGCAACCGAACGCCAACGCUGUCAGCUGAUCAAAUAUGCAUCGGUGCGCAAUUUCUUGGCCCCCAUAAACCCUAAGCGCGAACUCUUCAAUCGAGAAAUAUGGCUCAGGGUAAAAGACAUAGAACACAGACUAGAUUCCAUUGCAAGGAGAUGCCCCUUAUCUGAAUUGACUCAGCGCAGUGCACCCCUGAGGCAGCAGAGUUAUCAGACCACCUCGCUAACUCCUUCCCUGGUUCUCGGUCGUGAGAGUGAUAUGCGAAAGAUAAAAAAUAUGUUGCUGCCAUUGGCUGAGGUGACUGACCGUAGCAUCACAGUGAUUCCUUUCUUCGGGAUGCCUGGUAUCGGGAAGACGACUCUCUCUCAACUAGUCUGCAAUGAUGAGUCUGUGAAGAACCAUUUUGAGCUUAGACUAUGGGUUUGUGUGUCUCAGGAUUUUGAUACGACGAGCAUUACGAAGACCAUCAUUGAAUCCAUCGAUGGUUUUCGGUGUGACUUUGUCAGCCUUGACAAUCUUCAGAAAGAACUUGGAAAGAAGCUGAGUGGGAGGAGAUACCUGCUUGUUCUGGAUGAUGUUUGGCAUAUGAGACCACAGGACUCGGAGAGGAUAAAAAACUUCUUGUACUCCGGUGCUCAAGGAAGUAAAAUAAUAGUGACCACCAGAAUCGAAGAAGAUGCUAACUAA